UCCUGAGUGAACCUUUGUUUGUUCUUCUUCUUGACAUUCUAAGGAUUUGCCUAAACCUGUUUCAUGCAUGUCCACUGGAGGCAGGUUUGACUUUGAUGACGGGGGGUCGUACUGCGGGGGGUGGGAGCAGGGGAAGGCCCACGGACGAGGGGUCUGCACGGGACCCCAGGGUCAGGGCGAGUAUGCGGGCGCCUGGAGCCACGGCUUCGAGGUCCUGGGCGUGUACACGUGGCCUAGCGGGAACAGCUACCAGGGCACCUGGGCACAGGGCAAGCGGCACGGCAUCGGAGUGGAGAGCAAGGGCCGCUGGGAGUACAGAGGGGAGUGGACGCAGGGGUUCAAAGGUCGCUACGGGCAGCUGGAGAGCACGGCGAGCGGGGCCCGGUACGAGGGGACGUGGAGCAACGGGCUGCAGGAUGGAUACGGCACUGAAACCUACUCUGAUGGAGGAACCUACCAAGGUCAGUGGCUGGGCGGGAUGCGUCACGGCUAUGGCGUGCAGAGUGUACCGUACGGCAUGGCGGCCGUCAUCCUCUUCCCGCUGCGAACAUCCAUAAACUCCCUCCGCUCCGAGCACAGCCACGGCCCUCCGGCUGUGUUGGAGGACGGCACCGCCACCACACCAACGGACGGGGUGGUGGCCGGGCUGGCGGGGAGCCCUGUGGGCCGGGGUGGGUUCGCCCUGACGGCUCCGAGCGAAGCAGAGCGCCAGAGGAAGAGGAAAGGCCGCUUCCGGCAGUCCAUCCUGAGCGGCCUGAAGCUGCGGCGCUCUGAGUCCAAAAGCUCGUUGGCCAGUCAGCUCAGCAAGCAGAGCUCCUUCUGCAGCGAGGCCGGCAUGAGCACCGUCAGCUCUGCCGCAUCGGACAUCCACUCCAACGCAAGCGAGAGCGAACAGGGCGCCCCCGUGGACGCCACUGUCACUGAGAUGUACGCCGGUGAGUGGCGGAGCGACCAGAGGGCCGGCUGGGGCGUGAGCCGGCGCUCCGACGGCCUGCGUUACGAAGGCGAAUGGGCGGCGAACAAGAGGCAUGGGUACGGGUGCACCACCUUCCCCGAUGGCACCAAGGAGGAGGGGAAGUACAAGCAGAACGUGCUGGUGAGCGGGAAACGCAAGAACCUGAUCCCACUGAGGGCCAGCAAGAUCCGGGAGAAGGUGGACCGCGCCGUGGAGGCCGCGGAGAAGGCUGCGGACAUCUCCAAACAGAAAGCGGAGAUUGCCAUGUCCAGGAUGAGCCACGCUCGUGGGAAGGCGGAGGCGGCUGAAGGAGUGGCGCAGAAGGCCAUGGAGGAGUGUCGACUGGCCCGGAUCGCUGCCAAAGAGCUCUCUCCCUCCUUCCACAUCUACGGGAACGGGCUCGAAUGUCAGAGGCCCAAGCACCAGGACGGCAAGGACAAAGACCAUGAGGUGAUCUCCACGGGAACAGACAGUCCGGAGCUGUGCACGCCGGACACCACGCCGCCUGUAAUAACACCUGAUCUCAGCCCCGUGCUGAGCGUGCCCACCUCGCCCCCCCACAGCCCGCCCAAGCACGCCCAUCGCCCCAGAAAUGCCUGCUUCAUGCGCCAGAGCGCCGUGGACGAUCAGGGUGGCGCCGAGAUCCAGGUGCUGGUGGAGGGGAGGGGCAUGGAUCUGCCCAGGGGCGGGGCUAACAAUUGGACUGAUGACAUGUACCCGGAGCGCGGGGGCAGCAGCCGCUCCACCACGCCCUCCCUUCUGGAGGAGCAGGAGGGCCUUAACGGCCACGAGCAGGCCCCUUUGUCCAACCACAGACCGCGGGAGAAAUCCUCAUCCAAUCACAAGUCGCGGGAGCACGCCUCCUCCUACAGAGCGUGGGAGCACUCCCUCUCCAACCAAAAGCCCUCCAAGCAAGCCUCUUCCAAUCACAAGUCGAGGGAGUACUCGUCCUCCAAUCACAAAACAUGGGAUCAUUCUUCCACCAAUCACAAGGCCUGCGAGCACGCCUCUUCCAACUACAAGCCGCAGGUGCACAUUUUAUCCAAUCACAAGGCCUUGGACCAUAACAUGUCCAAUCACAAGACUUCUGAGCAUGCUUCUUCCAAUCACAAGCCCCAAGAUUAUAUCCCCUCCAAUCACAAUGCAAAGGACCACGUCUCCUCUAGUUACCACCCCCGAGAGCAUGUCUACUCCAACCACCAUCCAAAGCAGCACAACCCCUCCAACCACAAGCUGAACGAGCAUGCUGUAAUCGACCAAAGGCUAGACGGCCUCACCGGGGGCUGGACUGCUGAGAGCACCCUUAGGUGGAGCCCCGCCCACUCGCGCCUCACGGAGCACGACGAGGAGCGGAUGAAUGACUAUACGGUGGACAUGAGGCUCACGGACUCGCAGUCGUCUCGGGGGCUGGGCCCGGAGUCCCCGGCCCCCAAGAACAACAGGCUGCGGUCACGAGGCCUCCGGCCGGUCAGAGAGGGAUCCAUGGACUCUGUACAGAUGCUGGACAACCUGAAUGUGGGGGCAGAGCUGGAGGAGUGGCCGCUGCACAGGGACCUCACCCUCUCCCCACCCCUCAAGUCUCAGCCCAUCACUCUGGAGCAGGACGGAGAGCAUCUCACCCUCAAAUCAAACUCAGGCUCCAGCUCUAUUCUGGUGGUUAUGGUCAUUUUACUCAAUAUUGGAGUAGCCAUUCUUUUCAUUCACUUCUUUAUUUAAGCUUAUACAGGUAUGAUCUACUAAGACUUAUUGAUAACUACGGUAUAUUAUAUUAUUACUUCCUGAGACGGACAUUCUGCCUAUUCGACUGGAG